GGUCCUUUUAAAAAUUUGUCCUAACCCUAACUGCAAGCAUAAAUCAGUCCUCUGGCCCUCUCUCUUUACACGUGAACCAGUAACACAUGUGAACCAGUAACAAACACCAAAGCAAGCACAAGAUAGUUUUGAGUCCCCUGUCACAAAAGUUCCCAACCCCUGUAACCAACCAGAUUUUCUUCAGGUCAUAAAUUUCUUAUUAUAAUCUCAACCUAACCAACCUCACUAUAAAACUAACUCAAUAGACUUAAUAUUUUACAAAGACAGUCUAGAUAUGACUUGGGAAAAGCUGACAUAAGAGACUCAAUACAGUGUGAACAUGAUAUAUGGGUCUCUUAUAGUCCAAGCCAAAUUACAAUCAUUACAUAUAAGAGUUGUUUAAGCGUCUGAACUACUAUGUUAAUAAAUACACAGAAAGUUCUCCCCUCUAUCAGUAUAAAUAGCAGCCAAAAGUCUUGCUGAGUUGUUUGAGAAGAGCCUACAAUGGGAAACCAGGCAACCGAACUUUUCUUCGUCUUCAUGAACUAUGAUCCUGAGUAUGAGCGUCUACUCAGAGACCGAUCGAAGAAAGGAGCAGACGAACUCGACGCAUAUCUUAGCAACAAACACAACCAGCUGCUAGCGAGGCUUCUACAGCCAAACACCUACAAGAAGAGAAAUUCAUUAGCCAUUGUCGAUGGCUUCUCCGUUGAAGUAACUCAACAGCAGGCAGCUGUUCUGAGAUCAGCAAAGGAAGUGAGGCUCGUUGAGAAGAACCAGGAGCUUGAUUAAUGAUUCAGAGACUUUUGACUUGUUUUUUAUAAUAAUAAUUAUAGUGUUGGGUGACUGUAGGAAGCUGUAAAUUUGCAAUCUCUAUGCAUAUUAGUGUGACUUUUCGCA